CAAGACGAGUAAUUUGGAAGGAGGGAGUACAAGACAUAAACAAACCACAAGAACCAUACUAGAAGAAUCUAGAGAUUCAGAGCAUAGGAGAAGACAAAACUGCUCCGAGGAGCAGGGCGUGUACAUAGGAGGAGUCACACUGGCGUAGGCCAGUCUUGCUUACUCACAAGUCAGUCCCGUCACUCCCUGUCGCGCGCGAGAGACCAGAUCGCCAUGGACAUGGCACGCUACGUCGCGUUCCACCAGCAGUGGAUCGCGGGCCAGCAGGCGGGCCUCCGCGAGCUCGCGGAGGCGGCAGCCAAUGCCGCCGCCGGGCGCGCCACGGACGCAGAGCUGAGGGCCGUGGUUGAAAGGUGCAUGCGCGGGUACCAGGAGUACGCCGCCAGCCGGCGUGCCUUGGCGCGCGAGAACGGCGCGGCCUUCGUCGCCCCGCCCUGGUGCACGGCGUUUGAGAACUCCGUGCUCUGGCUCGGGGGCUGCCGCCCGUCUCUGGCCAUCCGGCUUCUCUACUCAAUCUCCGGCGAGGGCUUGGAGGAGGACAUCGAGGAGUUCGUCAGAGGCCGCGGGCGCGGCCUCGCGGAGGGUAUGGGCCUCGUCGGGAUCACGGCCACGCAGCUGCAGCAGAUCAACGACCUCCACCGCUGCACGCUGCGCGACGAGGGUUACCUGACGGAGCGUCUGGCGAGUCUGCAGGAGAACAUCGCCGACCGGCCGCUGCUUCCGAUCGUUCGGGAGCGCGCCGCGGCGGCGGCAGCAGCAUUAGCCGGCCAGGACCGGAGCGCUAAGCGCGACGACAUUCCCGGACGGCCCGUGGCAGCAGAAUCGUCAGGAGGACUCGCCGCCGAGGUGGACGCGGCGAUGGAGAGCUACUCGGCCGGGCUGGCCAGGCUCCUGGAGGAGGCGGACGAGCUGCGCAUGUCGACGGCCAGGGCGCUGGCCACGGAGAUCCUGACGCCGCGGCAGGCGGUGGAGAUGCUGAUGGCAGCCAAGCAGCUGCACCUGGCGGUGCGCGACUGGAGCCGCCGGAAGGAGGAGGGCGCCCAGAACGCGCGUCUGCCGCUCGCAGCCGCAGCGACGACCGCCCCCUCGGGCUCAAAACCAUGACAGGCUCGCCAUUCCUCAACUAGCUUGCUUUGCCGCCAACUUAAGUGUACAGAGUCUGAAUAAUCUGUUUAUUCUGGAUUUCUAGAUAUUAAUAUCGUUGUUUCUCUGCCAUUGUAUAACCUGCCUGCACAAACUGCAUGCUUGUGUUCUAAAGUCGAAGUUCCUCCUACUACUCCUGUUCAAUACAGUAGUAUAUAUGUAUCCGUAACUAGUUU